AUUAAACCUUUUCAUUAUCAUAAAUUCUCCUCAAACACGAAACAUAUUUGUAGUGGUAGUGAGAAGUUCGAGAAUAUACAACUAUAAUGGUGAAAAGAUUGCUUUUCUGUGCUAUUGGAUUACUUUUUUUAAAAAUUAAGGUGCAGGGACUUGACCCUGAAAUGCAGGAAUUGGCUGACAUGCUGCACAACACCUGCGUUGGAGAAACCGGAGCUAGUGAAGAUGACAUUAAUAACGCAAAAACGGGAAACUUUGCAGAUAAAGAAGAAUUUAAGUGCUAUAUAAAAUGCCUAAUGGCUCAAAUGGCUUGUAUAGACGAUGAUGGAAUUAUCGAUGAGGAAGCUACUAUAGCAGUGUUACCUGAAGAGUUCCGCGACAAAGCUGCUCCUGUCGUUAGAAAAUGUGGAACAAAAAAGGGUAAAAACGACUGUGAAAAUGCUUGGUUGACCCACAAGUGUUAUCAAUCGGAAGCUCCAGACGAUUAUUUCCUCGUUUAACCCUGUUGAUAUCUUCAUCAAUAUUAGUUAGAUAGGAAAGAAUAGCCACGAACUAAUUAUCUGUAUCGUAGAAAUAAUAAUUAAAAUAUUUAUAUAUUAAAUAUUCGAUAACUAGGGAUAUAUGUAAAGUAUUGUUACUAACCCUAUAUGUUAAUCGUGAAGCUAAUAGUUUUAUACAGACACUGUGACCAUCUAUGUAUUGUUAUUGUUUUUAAAGUAUCUGUAGGUAGCCUUUGUUAUAUUUGUUAUUAUUUAAUCUAAAAAAUAUAUACUAGUACGUAA